AUGCUCGCAUCCACUCGCGCGCUGAGGCAACUCGCACGGCAGAGACCACUCAACUCUCUGCCCAGGCGCACAUUCACAACAGCUGCUCCCCGCCUCGCCACCGCUCAACGCGCACCCGACGACUUCGCAUACGGCACCAAUGCUUCCUACUCCGAGGCAAUGUACGCGAGCUGGCAAAAGGACCCCUCCUCCGUCCACUCGUCCUGGGCCGCCUACUUCCAAGGCCUGAAGAACGGCCUCCCCUCGCAGCAGGCGUACCAGUCUCCUCCCGGACUCGUCCCUUCACUCGGUGACAGCCUCGAGGGACCCGCGCCCGUCUCGUUCGCGGUGGAUGGCGGUGAGAUCGAGGACCACAUGAAGGUCCAACUGCUCGUCCGCGCGUUCCAGGUCCGCGGCCACCACAUCGCAGCCCUCGACCCUCUGGGCAUGCAACAAGCCGACCUGGACGCCUCGACUCCCUCCGAGCUCACGAUCGAGCACUACGGAUGGACCGAGAAGGACCUCGACAAGGAGAUCGAACUCGGAGCGGGUAUCUUGCCGCGGUUCAAGAGCGCGGGGACGGACAAGAUGACCCUGCGCCAGAUCAUUGACACGUGCAAGAAGACCUACUGCGGCUCGAUCGGUAUCCAGUACAUCCACAUUCCGAACCGCGACCAGUGCGACUGGAUCCGCGAGCGCAUCGAGAUCCCGCAACCGUGGAAGUACUCUCCGGACGAGAAGCGCGCGAUUCUCGACCGCCUCACCUGGUCCGACUCGUUCGAGCGCUUCAUCGCGUCCAAGUACCCGAACGAGAAGCGUUUCGGUCUCGAGGGCGCCGAGUCCCUAAUCCCCGGGAUGAAGGCCCUCAUCGACCGCUCGGUCGACCACGGGACCAAGAGCGUCGUCAUGGGCAUGCCCCACCGCGGCAGGCUCAACGUCCUCGCCAACGUCGUCCGCAAGCCGAUCGAGGCCAUCUUGUCCGAGUUUGCGCCCUCUCAGGACCCGAACGAGGAGGCUGCCGCCGACGUCAAGUACCACCUUGGCGCCAACUACGUCCGCCCGACGCCGAACGGCAAGCGCGUCUCGCUCUCGCUCGUCGCGAACCCGUCCCACCUCGAGGCGGAGGACGGUGUCGUGCUUGGAAAGACCAAGGCGUUGCAGCACUUUGAGGGCGAGGGAGACUCGGCGAGCGCCAUGGGUCUCCUCUUGCAUGGCGAUGCGGCGUUCGCGGGUCAGGGAGUCGUCUACGAGACGAUGGGUAUGAGUGACUUGCCCAACUACGGCACGGGAGGAACCGUCCACAUCAUCGUCAACAACCAGAUCGGGUUCACGACGAACCCGUCGCAGGGCCGCUCGACGCCGUACCCGUCCGACAUUGCCAAGGCGAUCGACGCGCCCAUCUUCCACGUCAACGGCGACGACGCCGAGGCCGUCACGUUCGUGUGCCAGCUCGCUGCCGACUGGCGCGCCAAGUUCAAGAAGGACGUCGUGAUCGACUUGAUCUGCUACCGCCGCCACGGUCACAACGAGGGCGACCAGCCCAUGUUCACCCAGCCCAAGAUGUACGAGACGAUCAAGAACAAGCCGACGACGCUGCAGAUCUACACCGAGCAGCUCGUCAAGGAGAAGACAUUCUCGGACGAGGAGACGGAGAAGCACAAGUCGUGGGUCUGGGGACUGAUGGAGGAGUCGUACGAGAAGUCGAAGGAGUACAAGCCCACGUCCAAGGAGUGGCUCUCGUCGUCGUGGGACGGCUUCCCCUCGCCGCGCGAGUUGAAGGAGAACGUCCUCGAGGCGCGCGCGACCGGCGUCGACUUUGACACCCUUAAGGGCGUCGGAAAGGCCAUCGCCUCGACCCCCGAAGGCUUCAACGUCCACCGCAACCUCCAGCGCAUCCUCAAGACCCGCGGUCAGUCGGUCGAGGAGGGCAAGAACAUCGACUACGCGACGGCCGAGGCGCUCGCAUUCGGCACCCUCGCGCUCGAGAAGGUCCACGUUCGCGUGUCCGGACAGGACGUCGAGCGCGGAACGUUCUCUCAGCGCCACGCCGUCAUUCACGACCAGAAGACGGACGAGACCUUCACCCCGCUCCGCCACCUCUCCGACAGCCAGGCCCCCGUCACCAUCUGCAACUCGUCUCUGUCCGAGUUUGGUGUCCUCGGCUUCGAGCUCGGCUACUCGCUCGUCGACCCCGCCCUUCUCGUCAUCUGGGAGGCGCAGUUCGGUGACUUUGCGAACGGCGCGCAGAUCAUGAUCGACCAAUUCAUCGCUGCCGGCGAGCGCAAGUGGCUGCAGCGCUCCGGUCUCGUCAUGUCGCUGCCGCACGGCUACGACGGCCAGGGCCCCGAGCACUCGUCCGGCCGCAUCGAGCGCUUCCUUCAGCUGUGCGACGACCACCCCUUCAUCUACCCGUCGGCUGAGAAGCAGGCGCGCCAGAUCCAGGACUGCAACAUGCAGAUCAUCUACCCGACCAUCCCCUCCAACAUCUUCCAUGCCCUUCGCCGCCAGAUCCACCGCGACUACCGCAAGCCCCUCAUCGUCUUCUUCUCCAAGAACCUCCUCCGCCACCCUCAAGCCCGCUCGUCGCUCGACGAGUUCGGCCCCGAGACCCUCUUCCAGCGCUACAUCGCCGAGCCCGAACCCGAAGGCUUUGCCAAGCCCGAAGAGGUCGUCCGCCACAUUCUCUGCGCCGGUCAGGUCUACUACACCCUCCUCGCCGAGCGCGAGAAGCGCGGCCUCACCAACGUCGCCAUCUCGCGCAUCGAGCAGCUCUCGCCCCUCCCUUACGACCUCAUCACCCCUCACCUCGACCGCUACCCGAACGCGACGACGUACUGGGUCCAGGAGGAGCCGAUCAACAACGGCGCGUGGACCUACGUCCAGCCUCGUAUCGAGACGGCCAUGCGCGAGACGGAGAACCACAAGACACGCAGGUGCUACUUCGCCGGCCGUGGUCCCACGUCGUCCGUCGCGACCGGAUCAAAGAAGCAGCACGCGCUCGAGAUCCAGCAGUUCCUCGACGCCGCGUUCGACCUCGACGCCCACCGCGUCGAGUUCAGCCAACAGUCGGCGCACAAGAAGGGCGACUUCUAA